GCCGCGUCCCCUCCAAGCGUGAGAAGAUGGCGGCGGCGGCGGCGGGCCCGGGCGGCCGGGCCGCGUUAGGACGAGGGCGGCGGCGACCGGCAGGGAGACCGGGGCCGGCGGAGAAGCCCGAGGAUGAAGCGAUGGCGGCGGAGGAGGCUGUGGCGGAGUGCCCGGCGUGCCGCCAAGCGCUGGCGGAGGCGGUGACGCCGCCCUGCCGCCACUCGCUGUGCCUCGCCUGCUUCCAGCGCUGCCUGCAGGGCCCCGGGAACCGUUGCCCGUUGUGCCGGGGCCGCCUCGCCGCCGCCGGUGGCACCGGAGGAGGAGGAGGAGGUGGAGGAGGAAGCGGAGGGGGGGAGCAGCAGCAGCAACGGGCACCGGACCCAGAUUUCAUAUUCCGAGCGCCCAUUAAGCUGAGCAAGCCGGGGGAGCUUCGGGAAGAAUACGAAAGCCAGCUGAGGAAGAUGAGGGAAGAAAAACUACAAGAAGAAAAAGCUUCGGAGGAGCUGAUCCCCAGGCUCGUGCUGGAUGAUACGGAAAUAGGGAAAAGAAAAACGGAAGAGCAGCAGAAAAAAGACGAAUCCGUGGUGCUCAAAGCGAGCCAGGAGUGUUUUCCCGAACGCCUCUCGGAUUCGGAGAAUGAAGAACCCUUCCAGGGCAAGCAACCGCAUCGCUCGGCUUUCGUGUCCAAGACCAGUGCCUACUCCUUUGCCUUCCUUUCAGGGAACCUCACCUCCAAGGUGGAGAGGAGUCGAAGCUGCACGGACACCAUCCAGGAGAGAUCGAAGAGCAGGCAGAGAUCAACCCCAGCCAGCAAAACAAAGGUUCCCCCCAUCACCAGCGCCUCGACGCCUCUGCUGGGCGUUUUGUCGUCCACCCAAAACCACCGCUGCCUCUCCGCCCCCGACCUGACGGCCGAGAAGCGCCCGGUGCUCAGCGCCGCCUCCUCCCUCCCCGCCCUGCACAAACCCGAGCGCUCCAUCAGCCCCGAGAGCAACGACAGCAUCUCGGAGGAGCUCAACCACUUCAAACCCAUCGUCUGUUCCCCUUGCACUCCUCCCAAAAGGCUCCCGGACGGCCGGGUCCUCAGCCCUCUCAUUAUUAAAUCCACCCCGAGGAAUCUCAGCCGCAGCCUGCAGAAGCCGACCACCUACGAGGCCAGCCCCAGGAUCCUGAAGAAGUGGGAGCAGAUUUUCCAGGAGCGCCAGGUGAAAAAGACUCUUUCCAACAAAGCCACCCUCACGUCCUCGGCUUCGGAGCCCGGGGAGGACCCCACGGGUCCCGAUGGCACCAACCCGUGCCACCGAGAGCCGCCAGCGCUGCAGGAUGAGCAGCUCCCCCCCGAUCCAUCCGGAGGUCCUCGCCCCGAGCUGGAUUUCUUCCCCUCCAUCAGCCAAACGACGCCGGGCAGAGGGAGCGAGAAACCCAGAGAUCCCCAAGCCUUACCGACAAGCGACAGCCUCGCCUCCCUCCACCCUCGCCUGCCCGAAGCCCCCGACCCCAAAAUGAAAGCAUCAAUGGAGAAAUCCUCCCUGCCCCUCGGCCCCAAAACCCUGAGCAGAAGGCUCGUGGGGGUGAGCGCCGCGCUGCCCGACGGCGGCGCCCUGCCCGUCCCCGUCAAGCCUGCGGGGAAAAAACAGCUGAAAUAUCUGAGCGGCGGCGAGCAGAUCCACGUGAAGAACAGCUCCUUCGAGGGCAUCAUCGGCGAGCAGCCGCCGGGGCUGCGCCGAGGGAGGAAAAGGCGCUGCAAAACGAAGCACCUGGAGCACAACGGCACCGUCAAGAGACUGCGGCACGCGGCGGGGGACGCCGGUUUGGCCCCGGACGAGAGGCUGGUGAGGGAGGUGGAGCAGAAACUCCAGCAGGAGGAGGAGGACAGGAGGCUGGCCCUGCACCUGCAGAGGAUUUUCGACAGCGAGAACAGGACGGUGGAGAGGAGGAAAGUCCGGGUGGACCGCUACCUGCUGCGCUCCAAGAGCAGCACGCUGGGCGCCAAGUAGAGGAGCGCCGCCGGGCGACGUUGCCUUUUCUUAGAGGACGAUGAGGUUUUUGGGGUUGUCUUAGAGGAAAGCUAUUUUUUUGUCAUGCUUCCACCCACGCUGUUGUUUUGUUUCUGUUUUUGUUUUUUUGUUUUGGUUUUGUUUUGUUUUGUUUUUUUUUCGGUUUUUGGUGGCGAGGCAUUUGGAGGUCCAGUUCGGAGAGACGCCGGAGUCCUUACAGAUUUCCAAGAAAAAGGGGGAAAAAAAGAAAAAAACACAAAAACUCCUCCAGCCUUGGCUGGUCCAUGGGUCUGAAAGAGGUCCCUCAGCCCCCCCGAACACACUGCAAGGCGGGUGCCUGUGGGGUUCCCCUAACAAGAAGGGUUUUAUGGGCAGCCCCCGGGGUCCUGGGUCCUCGGCAGGGAGCAGGGGUUGGACCAGACGGACCCAGAGGUGCCUCCAGCCUCAGCCUCUGGGCGAAUUUUUGAGGUUAUUAUUUAUGUUUUGAGGUUUUUGAGGUUUUUCUCACACCAAGGACCUCAUCCAGGCGUUGCCUCUCCAUCUCGGUGUGCCGGGAGCACCCGGAGCUCAGCUCGUGGGGAGGAAAGGAGGUCCUGGGAGGAGCGAGCUCCUCUCCACCUACCCCUUUCUCCUGAUGCUGCGGUGCUCAGAUUUAAUAUUAGCAGAAUAUUCUUGCAUCCUGGCUGGAUUUAAGCUUAAACCAGGCGGGCAUUUGGCGAGGGAGGCCGUGCUUUGUGCUGCUGUAGUGGUGACGGAUGAAGGCGCCUCGCUGGCUGCACAAGCCGAGAUCGCUUCAUCGAGUAGGAGGCCAAAAUGUAGCAGAGAAAGGAGGUAAAAUCAGGAUUUUACAGGGCAUUUUAUGGUCGUGGUGAUGAGCAGGAAGCUUGAGCUCGUGCAGCUUUUCUCCCAGGGUUUCUUCCCCUUCCUGCUAAGGGAUCCAAGGGGGAAGGAAGGGAGGAGAAAGGAAGGGGGACGCUGGCCCUAAGGAGGAGGUGGUGGGUGCCCUGCAGGCUCUCGGCACCCCAAGCCCUCUCCCAGCACCCAACGAGUUCCUGGCAGGGGUUUUGGGGUGAAAUCUGCCCUCCCCGUGCCCCGAGCUUGCCACCCACAGGUUGGAACCACUACGAGAGCUCAGGCGAGCGAUACACUACAGAUUUCCACCUCGGGGCACGAGGUCGGGCACGUCCCUACCCAGACGUGGCCUCUGGUUGCAGCCGUCCUCCGGGCUCUGCUUCCUUUCACCUCUCUUCCCCUUCCUUUGGGGUGAUUCCUUGGGUUAUUUUGGGGAAUCGGGCUCUAAAAGUGCUUGCAGUGUGUUCGCUGGGGACCCUCGGUGCCAGGGGACAAGGGACAUUCAUGGAACCGAAGCAUGGAUUGAACGCCCCGUGUCCACGGCAUGAAAAUUAUCCUUGCCCAAAUUCCUCCCAAAUUUAUCUUAAAAACGGCCCGAUUUCUCCCUUUUUUUUAAAAAAAAAAAAAGGGAACUGGUUUUGUUUUUCUCUCCCAGCACGCUCGUGGUAACUGCAAGGACCCUGGCGCGUUUUCCUCCUCAAACUGGAUUUUUUUUUUAAAAAGAAAAAAAAGAAAAAAAGAAAUCUUAUAUUUUAAUGGAUAAAAUUUAUAUAUUUUAAAUACUAUAUUUCAACAGAUCGACACUUUGGUUUUGAGAAAUCUUAUAGCAAGGAUUCCGUAAUAUAUAUCUCUAUCUAUAUAAACCUGUUAUCUCCUUACACACAAACUACUGGAUGGCCGAAACCGAACCCAGCCCGGGUCGCUGCCCCCCUCGCACGGUGCUGCCUCGUCCUGCGCGGCUCUUCGGACUCCACCCGAAUCCUGCUCACGUACCCGGAGGUAAAUUGGGAGAAAACGGAGUCGUGAGAGCCCGGCUGGACCUAGGAGAGCGGCGCGGAGACGAGGAGCCGUGGCCCGAAUUCGCCCUCUGCAGCGGUUUCCGAAGAACGAGCUCAGGAUGCAAACCCACAGCUUUUACCCAGAAUUUUUUAAUUUUUUCUCCCCCCUGCUAUUUUAACUUAAAGCGUGCACUUCCUGAGUUCAGCCAGGUUUAUUAUCAAUCAUACAAAUCCCCUGGGCUCUGCCCUUUGCCUGCGGUUAAUCCCUUGAGCCCCGAGCAGCCUUCCCUCGACGGUUUUUCUCCUUUCUGGCUGUGCUGGUUCCCUCCGUGCCGGUGCUGCCAGCGCUCUCUGAGCAAGCCUGCACAACCCAAACUACGUUUACAAGGGGGGUUACACGCUGAAUGUAUCCUUUCCCCCUCCUAAAAACAAUUUUGAAGUCCAAUGCACCAGGCCAGUGUCUUUAAAUAUCUUUUUUUUUUAAAAAAAAGGAAAAAGGUUAUAUAAAUAUUUAGGGUUUUUUUUAUGUUCAUUUUCUUGACCUCUCGCGGAGCUCUGUGCCUGCAGGAUCCCAGCCUGCUGACUUCAGCCUUCGGAGAAAACCACGGCUCGAUGGCAGCUGCUUAAAGGUGGAGGCAGAGGCUGUGCCAAGGUCCCGCUCCCAAAUCCAGCUCCCGGCGAGCUGCUGGCCUCGAAUCCCCCCCCCCACAUCGCUGCCAGCUUCGGGGAUUCGGGGUGGUUUGAAGCGACGACGAAUGUCUUCAUUUAACGCCGUGUGAGGUCGUUGGAGCUUGCACAAAAAAAAAUAAUAAAAUAAACAAAGAAUUGUACAUAACUUCGUGUGAAAGCGCAGAGAUUCCCAGCCUCGCGCACCGCAACGGGCAGGCGCUUCCUUUGCGUGCCAUCCGAGAAGCGAAAUAUUUCUUGCUGGAUGCAGCUCAGGAUCUGCAGAGGCCCCUGAGAUGACACCGAGGGUUUCUGGAUGCUCGCUGGGCAGCAGUUUCUCACCCUCCUCCUUCCUGCAGCCGCCUUCUCGCCGGGACAGAGCCGUCCUCGCCGGUUGCGCGUCCUCCCACCACGUGGAGCUGUCCUCAAUAUCCCACUCCAAUAUCCUAGGAGCAAAACCAGGGCAAAAGCUGGCUCGAGGCACCCCCCCGGGGCUCGAGGCACCUCCCCGAGACCCGAGGGGGCGAUAACCCGGUGGCCAAAUCUGCCAAAAACACCACCAGACUCCGCAAAGCGCCUCUGGAGAGCUCCACACCACCCUUAAAAUUUCAUGCUCGGAGGCGGCGAGGACAGCCACGCGAAGGAAAAGUGCCAAAAAAAAAAAAAGGCUCCCAGGAGAUGAUUGUAUGACGUUGUUCUAUAGGCUCAGUAUUUAUUUUUUUAACUCCACCCGCUCUUGGACACGCAGCGCGCCGUAGCUGCUCAACAAAAAGCCUUCCCCUCGCUCCUUUUCGGGGCUCGGAGGGAUUGCUCCUCGCUCGGUGAAGCUGGGCGGUGGCAGCAAGCUCCAGGCGUGGUGCAGCUCUGAUAAAAACAGUGCAAAGCUCCUAAAAAACCUUUUCCCCUCACCUUUUCAAGCACGGCCAAGCAUCCGACGGCUCUCGAAUUAGCUCCUCACUAUGCAAACAGGGAAAUCUUCGACUGCUGACCAAGGGGGAGGAGGGGGGGUUGCGUCUGCCUGGUUUUUCUCGGUGUUUCCUGUCAAACUGUUAAAAAAAUAACAAAAAACAAAGCUAGAUGUUGCUGCACUUCUCUCCCACCACGCUUGCAAUCGUCGUGCUUUGGUGUUCUCAGCUCGCCGUCGGGAACGCCGCUGCGGUAAAAGACUGCGGUCGUUUUUUGGGGUCUCAGCUGAAUCCCCCCCCCUCCCCGUGGCUUCCCCCGAAUGUUUUAAGAGUUACCGGGAGGCCGUUCACUUGCAUGUGUAAAACGUGGGUGCGAAACGCCACGCGGGCGGCGUCGUGGCUUCCGUGGCGUGGAGCGGAGCGAAUCCUGCUCGCGGGCGUGCAGAGCAGCCCCGUGGACUCGAAGCUGCAGGACGGAGGCGGAGGUUGAAACGGAAUAAAAAGCAGGUUGUGAGAGCGA